AUGAGCUUGGAGAGCCGGGCUCUUAGUCGAGGUGUUCUCGUGUGGCAUGUGGGCCGCGAGGGUAGCAGGAGGCCGUCGGAGCAGCUGCUGAAGCUCACUUCCAAGGGCGACGAAUUGGAAGACCAGCGCUCCGUGAAGGCAGCCGCCGAUGCGGUGGCGCUGUCGGCUGAUGCCCCUCGCCUCCUCGGCGCUCUGAAAGCUCGUGGCGGGAGAGGAGAUGCCAAAGACGGCAAAGCAAAAGCCGAAGAGGAGGCCCUGCCGCCCAAGGCUGCAUUCCUCUUGGACGUUAGCCAUGUGCCCGCGGAUGACCUCGAGGCUAUGUCGUUGGAGCUGCCGGCGGUGAAUGAUUUGGUUCAGAAAGCCAAGUCCGUCGUUGGCUGCAGUACCGCCGUGCGAACUUUCAAUGUCAACCACAGCCCCCUCCACGGCUUCAUUGGUUCCCUCGCUGGAUUGGAGAAGUUCAAGAAUGACACACCACAGGCCAGUGGCGCUGCUUCAAUCGUGCCUGUCGGCCCUGGAGGGACCUUGGCGGCCUUCUGUGCGGCCGGUGUCAUGACCAUUGAGGAUGGCCUGAGGCUUGCCAAGCUGGCAGAAGACGCCACAGCGGAGCUAGCCUCGUCUGGCAAGAAGCAGCGUGCGAUUUGUGUUACUGGCUUCAAGAGAGCCUUGGUGUCCACGUUGUGCCAGCAAGCUGCUGCAAAGGAGGACGGAGGUGUGUGCAAAAUCGCGGCUUUCAUAUCUCGGGACACAUUCGUCGUUUCUGGAACGGAGCCGGCCAUCGGCAGCUUUGAGAAGCUUGCCAAAGCAAGCCCUGGUCACUGUGAGGUAUCCACCAAAGGCGAACUCGGCUUCUGCAGCUCUUUGAUGCAAACAGCGCAGGAGAAGCUCAAUGAAUCAUUGGAUGUACUGCCGGCCAGCCUGAAGCCACCAACGACUGCGGUUUGGAUGACAACAGAAGUGAAGAUCCUUCGACCGGGUGCAGAUCCUGUGGAGAUCCUGGACGUCUUAAAGAGGCUCCUGACAAGCCCUCUGCUCAUCGACCAGUGCAUGAAAGCCGCCCUCAAGGAUGGUGUCCGUGAGUUCUAUCAUUGCAACGCAACGCAGAAGAUGAUCGUCGAGAACAUAUCGGACGACAUCUUGGAAC